AUGGCGACGGCGACGACUACUAGCGUGCACGUGACCACCCUGGACGGCCUUGUCAAUGUCAACUCCCUCUUCACCAUCGCUGUCUCUGGACGUUGCCAGGAAGCUCCUCGUCUUCGAUGUCCUCUCCUUCAGCUUCUUCCUCUUCUCUUCCCUCGUCGCCCAGGGCCUCGAGCUGCUUGCCAUAUAUGCCUUUAUGCAAUUGGGCAAGAAACAGAGACUGAAGUACUAGUUUCAGGCACAGGAUUAGGUGGAAAUCCUACCAGAAAGAUGGAUAAGGCUUGGAUGCAUAUUGAAGAUAGAUUGCGUUCCAAUGAAUACGCAAAUGGCGUUAAACAAUUCAUAGAUAUGGCGAAGGCCCAUGCACCGGGUAGAGAAUGUAUCAGGUGUCCAUGUAGGAGAUGCCGAAAUCGAUCUUUCCAUCAUAUUGCUAUGGUUGAGGAUCACUUGUUCAUCGUAGGUAUUGAUACAUCUUAUACGGAAUGGAUAUUCCAUGGCGAGGAGGAAACUUUGCCAGACGCCACAUUUUCUGACGAAGAUGGUGAUGAUGCCCAUAACUACAAUGACUACAUUGAUGAUGUAGACGAGAUGUUAGAUGACAUCCGUGUUGGGUCCUUUAUGGAUAAUUCUGGUAGAACAGAAUUGCACUCAGACGCAGGGCCUUCACGACACACCUCUGGUACUCCAAUACACCCUAACUUUGACGAGCUGCUAGACAAUGCAAGAAAGCCACUUUAUCCAACCUGCACAGAGUUCUCAAAGCUAUCAUUCAUAGUCAAGUUGCUUCACAUAAAGACAGUUGGUGGUUGGACUGUGAAUUCAUUUGACAUGGUUAUAAAGCUUUUGCAAGCAGCAUUUCCUGAUGCUCAGUUCCCUGCCUCAUAUAACGAGGCUCGCCGCUUACAACGUGGUUUGGGCUUUAGUUACACAAAGAUACAUGUAUGCCCAAAUGAUUGUGCCUUGUUUUGGAAGGAUCAUGCUGAUAAAGAUGAGUGCCCUAUAUGUAAUGCAUCUAGGUGGGCCUCAAACACAACUAACCAACAAAGGAUACCCCAAAAAGUCCUCCGCUAUUUUCCUUUGAAGCCACGGUUGCAAAGGCUGUUUAUGUCAAAGAAGACUGCCCAAGCCAUGAGAUGGCAUGCAGAAGAGCGUGUUGAUGAUCCCAACUUCAUGAGACAUCCGGCUGAUUCUAGGGUAUGGAAAGACUUCGAUAACAAAUAUGAUUGGUUUGCCCAAGAUCCUCGUAAUGUCAGACUUGGUCUAGCGAGUGAUGGGUUCAACCCAUUCAAUAACAUGAGCAAACCGUACAGCAUUUGGCCAGUGCUACUUGUGCCUUACAACUUGCCCCCUUGGUCAUGCAUGAAAGAACCAUAUUUGAUGAUGUCAUUGUUAAUCCCUGGACCAAAGGCACCGGGAAAUGAUAUUGACGUGUUCCUGCGUCCCCUAAUAGAUGAGUUGACAGAAUUAUGGGAAGAGGGAAUUCGUACAUAUGAUUCAUACAAACGAGAAUCGUUUCAGUUAAGGGCAACGUUGCUCUGGACCAUCAAUGACUUUCCUGCAUAUGCAAAUCUUUCAGGCUGGAGCACAAAGGGUAAGAUGGCAUGCCCUACAUGUAACUUAGAAACAGAUUCACUAUGGCUUGUGCAUGGUCGAAAACAUUGUUAUAUGGGUCAUCGUCGGUGGUUGGUGCCAGAUCACAGUUGGAGAAGGAAAAAAAAUGCUUUUAAUGGUAAGGAGGAACACCGUCUCCAACCUAAAAUGAAAGUGGGACAAGCUUUAAUGGAGCAAUUACAUGAGGUCUCAAACGUGCAGUUUGGUAAAUCAACCAAGAAGAGGAAACGUAUGCCCAAUGAACUUAAUUGGACAAAAAAAUGUAUCUUCUUUGAGCUUCCUUACUGGUUAGAUUUGGGAUUGCGACAUAACUUGGACGUCAUGCAUAUUGAAAAAAAUAUUUGUGAUUCAAUCCUGGGAACCUUGAUGAAUAUUGAAGGCAAAAGUAAGGACACCGCCAAUGCGCGUAGGGAUUUGGAAGAUCUUGGACUAAGAAAAGAAUUACAUUUACAGCAUGAUGGUAAUCAUACUUCUAUGAGUCUUGCAUGUUAUAUGUUAAAUGUAACUGAGCGAAGGAGUUUUUGUGCACGUCUUUCAGAAGUCAAAUUUUCGGAUGGUUUUGCCUCAAAUAUUGCCCGGUGUGUCAACAUUACUGAAGGAAAAAUCAUGGGGAUGAAGAGCCAUGAUUGUCAUAUCUUUAUGCAAUAUUUGUUGCCAGUUGUUAUUGGUGGGUACCUACGACCCGAUAUUAGGGGAGCUUUAAUCGAGUUCUGCUCAUUUUUCAAAGAAUUAUGUUCACGAACACUAGACAUAAUAGUGUUGGAACGGCUUCAAGCUAAUAUCCCCAUCAUUCUUUGCAAAUUAGAAAUGAUAUUCCCACCUGCAUUUUUUGAUAUCAUGGUGCAUCUUGCCAUUCAUUUGCCAGAUGAGGCUUGCUAG